AUGAGCUACCAGCCUUUGCACAACGAAAAAGACACUACCUCGUCUUCCGAGGCCACCCCUCCAUACCUGUCGACUUCUUCUUUCGAAGAGUCCUCCCAUCCUUUCUAUGAACCUGCCACUCAGCAGCGUUCUAAGGGCUGUAAGGCUAAGGUCUUUGCAGCCACUGCUGUAGGAGCUCUUGGUUUGUUUGGUGUCUUCUCCAUGGGCAGAAUGUACGAGAACUACUCGUUCCACAAUGCCAUGGUUGCCAUUAACGAGAACCAGGCUUUGCAGGCUUCCCACCACGGUGGAUUCCACCCAAUGGGUGCUGGUGAGCGUCCUCAUGGUAAGCACUAUGGUGACCACCCUCACGGUAAACACCACGACGACAAGUGGUGGAUGAAGUUCCAUGAAGGUGAAUCGCCAGAGGAGGCUGAGAAGAAACAUAAAGAGUGGUUGGAGAAACACCCAGAGGAGGCCAAGGCUCACUCCAAGGGUAAACACCACGGUAAGGGUAAGCACCAGGGUGAAGAAUGGUGGAUGAAGUACCACAAGGGUGAAUCUCCAGAGGAGGCCAGAAAGAAGCAUGAGGAGUGGUUGGCCAAGCACCCUGAGGAGGCUAAGGCUCACGGUAAGGGUAAGGACAGCAAGUGGUGGAUGAAGUUCCACAAGGGCGAGUCUCCAGAAGAAGCCGAGAAGAAGCACAACGAAUGGUUGGCCAAGCACCCAGAGGAAGCCAAUGCUGACGGUAAGGACAAGGACAGCAAGUGGUGGAUGAAGUUCCACAAGGGCGAGUCUCCAGAGGAGGCUGAGAAGAAGCACAACGAAUGGUUGGCUAAGCACCCAGAGGAGGCUAACAAGAAGGAGGAGCAGGCUGGUGAAGAAGCUGCCAAGCAGUUGAUUUAA